CUUACCAAAUUAUAACGGAAGGUUUAUACAACUAAACAUAAAAAGAAGAUUGUUAUAUUUGAAGGUGACGUCUGUCAGAAAGGCUUUAAAUUUUUAAACUACGUUGUUUGUAAACAUAAAUAAAAACUGAACAAUUAUUCGAACUAAUGGAUGAUCAAAAGAUACACAUAAAUAAUAAUACGACUUUCAUUGACAUGGACGCAUCUACCCAAACUUGGCACAAACCAGUUGAAUCAUUAUUCUGCCUAGUACUGGAUUAUGUAGUAGAAAACAUGAACUUCUUUAUAAAUGAAAACGAAGAAAAAAUAAGUGCAUUGCCUUUUCAUGUUAAAAAUAGAAUGCUUCGAAAAUUUACUAUUUCAGCACAUUUUUGGAAAAAAGUUGAUUUCAAGACAGUAUUAGUUACUCUUGUAAAUGAACAAACUCAUUAUAUUAAUUUGACUUCAGCAGACGUGGAUGAUGACAUAUUAAAAGUAUUACAAAAAUGUAUAAAUAUUAGAAAACUUUAUUUGUCUCGAACUAAAGAUAUUAAGAUUAGUACAAAAGGAUUGAUAAACCUACUGAAAAAUUGUCACAGUUUAACUCACCUUUUUUUGGCACACAGUAAUAUAGUUGAUGAUGAUGUCCUUGAAUGUAUGGCAGAUAAUUGUCCAAAUUUGAUGGGGUUGGAUAUUGGUGGAAGUACCUACGUCACUGAUUUGGGUGUUACAAAAAUUUCAAAGUUAAAACACCUUUCUUGGAUAACUUUAUCUUCAACACAGAUUUCAGAUGAGGGUAUUACCCAUUUAGUACAAGGUCCUUGCAAAUUAAAACUUAAAGAAAUGAGAAUAGAAAACACUAAAGUAACUGAUGUCGGUUUAAAAGAAAUUGCUGAAAAUUGUCCCAAUCUGGAAAUUUUGUCAUUUUACAGUAGGAGAAAACGAGAUGAUGUAUCUUGCCCAAUGUUUUCAAGUGAAUUGAAGAAUUUAAAACAGCUCACAUGGACUGUCAAUUGGUAAACAUGCACAUUGUUGUUUUUGUAUGAAGACUUAUUUAUGUAUUUCAGAUGUUUAUUUUUAUAAAUACAUGUUUUUCUACUGUA